GCUGUCCGGCCAGCGCCCCUCCCGCCAAAGCCAUGGUCUGGAGGACACUGGGCUCCGGCAACUUCUCCAGCUGCCCCAACGGCUCCAUCCAGUGGAUCUGGGACCUGUUCCGGGAGUGUGCCCAGGACGGCUGGGACGAGGCCAGCGUGGGCCUGGGCCUGGUCUCCAUCCUCUGCUUCGCGGCUUCCACCUUCCCCCAGUACGUCAAGGCCUGCAAGACGGGAAACAUGGACCAGGCGCUGUCCCUGUGGUUCCUCCUGGGCUGGAUUGGUGGAGACUCCUGCAACCUCAUCGGCUCCUUCCUUGCAGACCAGCUGCCCCUGCAGACCUACACCGCGGUGUACUAUGUCCUGGCGGACCUGCUGAUGCUGUCGCUGUACUUCCACUACAAGUUUAAGAAGCGCCCUUCUCAGUUGUCUGCUCCCAUCAACUCGGCGCUGCUGCUGGCCUUGGGGCUGGCCUGCACCGCCCCGCUGCUGAGUGGCGCCAGCCCCGCGGCUGCUCCGAGGGAGGCCUUCCAGGGCCGGAGGCUCCUGUCCGUGCAGCCGGGUAAUAAGCCUUUCACGCGGAAAGAGAUCAUCGGCUUUGUCAUCGGCUCCGUCUCCAGCGCCCUGUACCUGCUGUCCCGGCUGCCUCAGAUCCGCACCAACUUCCUGCGCAGGUCCACGCAGGGGGUCUCCUACUCGCUGUUUGCGCUGGUGAUGCUGGGAAACACGCUGUACGGGGCGAGUGUGCUGCUCAAGAAUCCCGAGGCGGGCCAGAGCGAGGUCAGCUACCUGCUGCACCACCUGCCCUGGCUCGUGGGGAGCCUGGGUGUGCUGCUGCUGGACACCCUCAUCUCCAUACAGUUCCUGGUGUACAGAAAUGCUGCCACCUGCCCAGAGUCCCAGCCUCUUCUCUCCAGCUGACCAGGGCCCGGGCCAGCCCAGGAUGACUGCGACCUCAAGGCCACACUCGGGAAGGGGACAGCACGCUCAGUGACGCUGCUGCUGGCCUGCACUGGCCCGUGGAGGGAGCUGGGGGAGGCCUAGCUCUCCCGACCCGGCCUGAGUCCUCUGCAGGUUGUCUUCUGGAAAUCUGACCGACCGGCCGGCCGACUGAUGGACUGUUGAGGAGUAGGAUGCCCCCAGGGCAAGCGUCUCCCUUUGGACUCACUCCCAGGGUCUCAGCGCCUGUCCUUGGGGGCCUUCGAGAGGGGCGGAAGCUGGGACCGCCGCGUCACCUACCUCAUUCUGCCCGGUCACCCAGGAGGGGCACAGCUGAGGCCUGGGCCAACCAGGACUGUCCUGUGAACUCCAGACACACAGUAAACCGCGUCUCCUGUGA